AUCAACCAUCAUCAGGCUUAUUGUCGAAGCAUGCCACUGUCACCGGAUCCUGCUUGGGGAGACGUUGAGUUGUUCUGGAUUUGGCACUACACAUUUUUACAGGAUAAUGGGUAUCAGCUACGCCCAAAAUUUCAUCCUGACUGGAAGACUGAUUGGAAGACUGAAGAUGAUAUGCUAUGGAGCGAAGAGUCGCUCAUCUACUCAAAACUAUCCAUUGUGGAUGCAACUCGCAUAAACGACGGCAAGCUAGUCACUUUGAAGAAAGUGCCAAGGACCAAGUUUCCUUAUGAAGUCGAUCUUGCCGUAUUCCUUACCUUCACUCCACUAUCCGAUGAUCCCAACCACUGUGUCCCAGUAUACAAAGUCCUGCAGUCAUCCUAUGAGCCCGAUGUCUAGAUCAUGGUCAUUCCUCGGUUGCGUGAAGUCAAGUCACUGGUGUUUGAUACCGUAGGGGAAUUCUUAGACUUAUUCCGACAAAUAUUCGAUUGUUGGAAUUUAUGCAUCGGA